AUGCGUGGGACUUUCAUUCAUUCUUUGCUUUCUGCGGCGCUGGGCGCCAGCGCUGCUAUUUCUCAGUCUAACCUCAAGACUCAUGUCGAUGUGCUGGCACUCGACUACGCCUUUAACCCCGUCAAGGCGGCAUAUUGGACUGGAUAUCCUCAUCACCGUCGUACCCCCUUUGCGGUGUCGCCCGAUGGGAAAUCAGCGUACAUUGCCUAUCUUGACUCCAGUGCCACAGAUGUCCAUGUGCAGCAGCUGGAUCCCACCACCUUUGCUGCUACGGGUACAACCGUGACCGUCUCUGGUGGGAAGGAAGCCGGAGGUCUUGUGGCUCACAACGAUGGAUUUGCCCUUCUGACCAACGAGGCCAUGCCCUCUGGCACGACCAAUGCACCACCAAGCGAUACCCCUGUUCCCGUACUCUACCGUUACACCUCAGGAAAACAGACAUGGAAGACCUGGCUGGGUGGACCCGGCGUACACGAGGCCGAAGGGCUUUCUGCCUCUCCCGACAUGAACGGCGACCUUGUCUAUUCCGAGAGUGCAGAGCUCUACGGCGCAUACUUUGUCGUCACUGAUUACUCCGGUGACGCAUCGGGCCAUUUCGGUGACAGCGUGGAGUAUGUCUCGACCAGCGGAAAAUUGGAAACAAUCUCUGGUGCUAGUAGUGCGUGGGGUUGCAGUCACAACACCGGCAUUGCAUUCGAAGCAGCCGACGACGCCCCCUUCGCCGGUAUUUGCGCCGAAGAUCAGGGUGCGAUCUGGUUGAACACCAAGACGCAAGGGAUGUCGACUGACGGAGUCAAAAUUUCCAACGAGAACACUACAAACGGUGCGUCUGGUGAGCCUAUGGGUGGUAUGUCUGGUAGCUAUAGUGCGUUGGCUCGGUUUGCCGAUACUACCAAGUAUAUCUUCGCAUGGGUUUCCCGCGGCGCGAUUGAUGUGACAGAGAACGCCUGGAUGGGAAGUGGCUACACGAACGUGCAGAACCGCACGAACGGUCGCAAUGUUGCUAUUUCACUUUUCUCUGAUAAGUAUACCAAGGUUGGCGCCCAGGCCACGUCUGAGGUCGGCAGCGAGGAUGGAGAUAGCCAGGUCAACUGGGUUACCUCUGGAUCGAACGAUUGCUCAAAUGCUCACGCUGCCGCUUUUGGAAGUAGCAAUGCCCUCGUCACCUGGGAGGAGAUCUCGAAUCCGACUUGUGACUUCAUUGCCAUGGGAUGCCGUGGUACCUUUGCUGGAACUUACUUCCAGCAAGUUGACUCCACCGGCUCCAAGGUUGGUGAAGCUUUCAGCGCUGACGAUGUUUACGUUGCUGGUGACAUGGUGACUAUGUCAGAUGGUAGGAUCUGCUGGCCCUAUGUCAACAUGACUUGGGACCUCUCGCAGUCCAUUGAUGACUCCUCGUCCUCUGCGACUAGCAAAAAGAUGAGCAUUGCUUGCCUAGGCCUUGAUGGUACAACAGAUUCCUCGACAACUACAGCUGCUAGUGUCACCACCAGCGCGACCGCAAAGAUCGCCGUCAGCGAGAGUGCGAGUGCAGUCACCAAGGCCGCUUCAAGUGAGACCACCGUCAAAGCUCCAAGCCAGACUACCGGAGCCACUUCAAGUGCAACUACAAUCGAAGCCAUAAGCCAGACCACCGAAGCUGCUUCCAGCGCAACCACCACCGAACCUGCAGCCCAGGCUACAAAUGGCAGUGUCGCCGCCAUCCGAGGCGGAUAUGAGAACACAUCGAGCAGUUCUGUGAUCGGAAUCGCAACGGCUGUUACUAGCUCCACGGCCAGUGACAUUGUGGAUGUGACCGCAAGUGGACUGGAGAGUGAACUUCCAGCUGCCACUACUGUUUAUACUCCCGACACCCCCAGUGGGGUUCCCGCGGUGAGCGAAGUCCCCACUGAUGUCGGGAGCGAAAUCCCAAGCAGUGUUGCCAGUGCGAUCCCGAGUGGCACUCCUACCGGAAUCGCCAGGGGUCAUGGGCGGAAACAUGGCCACGGCUGGGGACACCAUGGCACGGAACACCACAGUUCAGGACACCACAGUGCGAAAUAUGAUGAGGUCCCUGAGAGCGAGCCCCAGGUCGGUGGGGCGUGCAAGUCCUAG